AUGUCUCAAAAGACUUACAUUCCCCUCGAGAACAACCCCGAGGUCAUGACCAAACUAGCACAUAAACUCGGACUCUCUCCGACUCUCGCUUUUCAAGACGUAUACAGUCUGACCGAUCAGGAUCUGAUUGAAAUCCUCCCAAGACCUGCACAUGCCCUUCUGUUCAUCUAUCCAUGCACCGAUGACAGCGAGGCAUUCUACACCAGAGUAAACGAGGCAGAACCAGACUACCAGGGUGCCGGGCCUGAUGAGCCAGUCAUGUUCUACCACCAAACCAUCCGCCAUGCUUGUGGUCUCAUCGGCCUGUUACAUUGCAUUACUAAUGGUCCUGCGGCCGACCUGAUCCGACCCGACAGCGACCUCGACACUUUCUUGAAAGAAGCCAUGCCACUUCGACCAGCCGAGAGAGCCCGUUUCCUGCACGACUCUGAAGUGAUAGGGGUAGCGCACGCUGCGGCAGCACAGACAGGCGACACAUCGGCUCCACCUUUGGGCGAGGAUCCCGGCCACGCUUUCAUUGCUUUCGUCAAGGGCAAAGAUGGCCAUCUGUGGGAACUGGAGGGUCGAAGGAAAGGCCCGGUCGAUCUUGGUGAGCUCGGCGUUGAUGAAGACGUGUUGAGUGACAAGGCUCUGAAUAUGGGUCCCCUUCCCUUCGUCAGGCGCGAAGAGGCCGCCGGAAGCGGCGUGUUACGAUUCAGCUGCACCGUACUCAGACCCAGCGUAGAUGCUUGA